AAUCUCCCUCGCUUGCGUUUCCUUCCGCCUCUGACGGCUCCCUUCUUCCCCCUCCCUCCUCACUUCUGGCCCUGCUCUCCUCUCCUUCCUGCGCCCUGGUCAUUCUGCCGCAUACCGCGACUAUAAAGGUCAUGCGUUUCGCUUCUAUUCUGUCCUCCUUCUUUCCUAACGCGACACUCCCUCUGACCUCCUCGAUAACCUCCUCCGACUCCACCAUGGUCGUCCUCACAAGCACUCUGAUGUCCCUCCUCGGGCUCUCCUCCACUCUGAUCGGUACGGCGACAACGGUGCUGGGCACCGAUGCUGAUUCAUACCUGGCUAUUAGGGAUAACGUCGACGACCCUUUCCUUAAUGAGACGGUCCCCAAGGACACUCGUGGCUUCGUUGUCAAUGGCACCAUCGGCUCCUACCCUUGCUUUGUCAAGGCAGGACUGUACGGCAAGCCCACGUCUGACCAGGUCAACUCGGCUUCCUACUCUGACUGCAUUGACAAUGCCCUCGAGCCCACCUACCCUUUCAACAAGAUCCAUCUGCGCUCUCCCGACGACUCUAUCCGAGCCACGUUCAUUCCCUUCGGCGCCCGCCUGACGGAGAUGUGGGUGAAAGACCGCAAUCAAGACUGGCAGGACAUCACUCUUGGCUUUGACAACACUACCAAUUACGGUACUGAGCCAGUCCACCCUUACUUUGGGCCUGUUGUGGGCAGGUACGCCAACCGCAUCAAGAAUGGCACCUUCGAAGUAGGAGGCAAGACCUAUCACACUCCUUUGAACGAGAACAACAUUGACACUCUGCACGGCGGCACAGACGGCUUCGAUCGUCGCAGCUGGACAAUCGAGCAUCUCAAUGCCUCUAGCAUCACCUUUACCUUGGACGACCCCGCUGGCAAUCAGGGCUUCCCCCAUAACGUCAAUACCACCGUCACCUACACCCUGGAAAACGAUGCUACUUAUGACGCUCGCAUGCACGCCAAGUCUAGCGGCAAGACUCCCGUCAUGCUCAGUGCCCACAACUACUGGAACCUCGACCCUCAGGCACUUGUCAACCUUAGCGCUUCGGACAGACCCAUUCUGGACUAUGUUCUGCAUCUUCCCUACGCCAAGAACUACAUUGCUGGAGACACAAUCCUGAUUCCCACUGGCAAAGUGCCUUCCGUUUCCGGCACCGCCCUCGACUUCACUAGCCCUACGCCCUUCUCUCAGAACUUCAAUCGAACCGAGGGCAUCUGCGGUCUGGGCUGCACUGGCUGGGAUACCUGCUGGGUGAUGAAGGACGGCCACCCCGAGAACAAGCCCGUGCUGACCAUGUCCUCGCCAGCUUCGGGUAUUCAGCUGGCAAUGUACACCAACCAGGUCGCGAUCCAAGUCUACACUAGCUCUGGCCUUGCCAAUCCAAAGAAUGGCCUCAUCCCUCGCAAGCGCGUGCACGGCGGCCAAGCCGAGAAUCUCGCGGGCGAUGACAACGGAGUGGCCAAGAAGAUCUAUGAGAAUUACUCUGCCGUCGUCAUCGAGGCCGAGGACUGGAUCGAUGGAAUCAACAACCCGCAGUGGGGCAGGAAGGAGCAUCAGGUCCUCAAUGAGAAUGAGACGUACGACUGGCACACCACAUACGUCUUCUCGACCGUCUGAAGGAUCAAGAUGCCACAGACGAAUUGUAGCACUAAGCUGAUUGGAGGGGCCCAAAGCGAAGAAGAACAGGAGCUGGGUCGCUGGCCUUUUUGUAUUUGUUGCGAAUAGUCAUACAGACAAUACAUGUUCAGCAUUGCACAAG